AUGAACCUGCACGACUUUCCGGACAUGGAUUCCUUUGAUCACGAAGAGAUGAGUGCGAUUUUCGGAGAAGAUUUUGAGGACUAUUUUUCUUCACAGCAUUCUUUUUCCUCUCCCGAAAACAUUAACAUUCUGAGCAGCAGCUCAAUCACUUCUCACCACAACUUUCCUAGUUUCACGCCAUUAAUCGAUUAUCACCAGAAUAAGCUUCCGACGACUCACGGAUUGAUUAUCGACGAUCACGAACGAUCGGUUCUUGAUUUCGGAUAUCACGAGAUUAACCACACAGAAAACCUCCAGCAGGUUAACGCCUUACCGGCCCCUUGUUAUGACGUCAAAGGCAAUAGUGACACUUCACAAACUUUGAAAUCUCGAGGCUCGAAAAACACGAGCAAGGCUAAACAAAUACCAAAAAAGAAAAAAACACGUACUCGGCCGCCAGCGCAAGUGUACGAGCAUAUUAUGGCCGAGAGAAGGCGUCGGGAGCAGCUCAGCCAGCUAUUUAUAGCUCUAUCUGCCAUUGUUCCUGGCCUGAAGAAGACGGAUAAAACCUCGAUACUGGGAGAAGCCAUAAACUAUCUGAAACAUCUGGAACAGAGAGCAGAGAACUUGGAAGAAGCGAAAAGAUCUUCGAAGAUGGCGAUGGAGUCGGGGGUUUUCGUGAAGAAAUCGCAGGUGUUCGAGGAGGAAGAAGGUUCGUCGUUGGCCGGAGAAAUCGAGGUGAGGGUGGUCAACAACAACGUCCUCAUAAGGGUGCAUUGCGGUAAGCACAAGGGCAUUCUUGCCAAUUUGCUUAGCCAGGUGGAGAGCAUGAACAUGGUGGUUGUCAAUACUAAUGUCAGCCUCUUUGGUAAUUCUUCCCUUGAAAUCACCAUCAUUGCUGAGAUGGAGAAGGGAUUCAGCUUGAGCGUGAAAGAAGUUGCGACGGCUCUUCGUGGAGCUUUCAAGCCGGCGACGGCAUAA